GGGCGCCCCCUCCUGGCCUAGGUGACGGUAGCACUGUAUGUCUCCCGGCCGCCAUCUCGCUCCAUUUCGCGUGUUGUGCUCGGUCCCAGUCACGCGCCCGUAGCCCUUCUCUCCCGCUUCGGUACCGGUGCUUCCGCCCCAAGAAGGCCCGCGUUGUUGUGGCCUGCGCCGCUGGGUGCUUCCUGAUCCGCUUUCCACUGGCGCUCAUGUUGCUUCUGCAGAUGAAGGAAACGAUCAUGAACCAAGAAAAGCUCGCUAAGCUCCAGGCCCAAGUGCGCAUCGGUGGCAAGGGUACUGCCCGCAGAAAGAAGAAGGUUGUUCAUAGAACAGCUACAGCAGAUGACAAGAAACUUCAGUUUUCUUUGAAGAAACUGGGCGUCAACAAUAUUUCUGGAAUUGAAGAGGUAAAUAUGUUUACCAACCAAGGAACAGUCAUUCACUUCAAUAACCCUAAAGUUCAGGCAUCUCUGGCUGCUAACACUUUCACUAUCACUGGCCAUGCUGAGACAAAGCAGUUGACAGAAAUGCUUCCUAGCAUCUUAAAUCAGCUUGGAGCUGACAGUUUGACCAGCCUGAGGAGAUUGGCAGAAGCCCUACCCAAAAAAUCUGUGGAUGGAAAAGCACCGCUUGCUACUGGUGAUGAUGAUGAUGAUGAAGUUCCAGAGCUCGUUGAAAACUUCGAUGAAGCCUCAAAGAAUGAGGCAAACUGAACUAAGUGACACUUUCUGAAUAAAUUUAAAACUUGAAAAAGCUACAUGGAGCUGCUAUUUUAUAUUGUGACUGCUUUUAUUUGAUUUAAUCUUUAUUUCCUGAUGAGAUCUCAAGAUUUGUAAUACUUGGAAACUCCUUGAACCUGCAGCUCUCUUUUCAGUUAUUGCUUGUACACAAUAUUAUUUUUGUGGCCUGGUUGAACAAGCUUAUGCUUUGAAAUAAGUCAGAUUGCCAAUGAAUCUCUGCCUAGACACAAUUUUUGAGUAACUUGUAUACAAGCAAAACCCCAUCUUCGAUGAACUUUGGCAUACAAUUAAAAAUAAGUUUUGUAGUGUGGCUUUUUGUCAGAAAAGCAGGGAAAAAAAUGGCCAUAACUAUUAAACAGUCAAAAAAGGUCUGUCUUUUCUGCA